AAGCGGGUUUUAGAUCGCUCUCAAGUCUAACCGCUGUGUCGCUCCAGGGUUCUCCUGGUAUUUUCUCAAAGCGUGACUUUGGUAUUCCCGACGGAACACCAUAAGCUCGAACGACGAUGUCGGCCGUUACUGCUCUCGUGUGCUUGACUUUGGUGGUCGGUACCUCAAUAGGAUACGAAACUGGUGCUCCAACCGUCGCUUGCUCGUCAAUGACUCCGAACCACCUCGACAUCGAACCGGAACCACUGAGCUCCUGCCCGUUCGAGGUGACACAGUCCCGGAUCGUUUACGGCAAUAUGAGCGAGACGAUAACCGUGACCCUCGCUACGCUUCCCGGCUCCCAGGAUUCAUUCCGCGGUUUUCUCAUCAAGGCUUUCAAUCCGCUGAAUGGCAGAUCGAUUGGACAGUUCACGGCGACUUCGGAUGCGGUCCAAAUUCUGCCGCAAUGUCACGGAGCUACGCACACCUCGAGAGUUGGGAAGAAGUCGGUGACUCUCAUCUGGACUCCCACAGAUGUCGAGGAAGGCGAUCCGCUUGUCGUUUUCCGGACAACCUUCGUCCAAAGCUUCACUCAUUUCUACGUAGGUGUCGACAGCAAAAUAGAUGGAGAGUCCGCCAUACAGCAUAUCGCUAAUGCAAUUAAUGGACGUGAUUCGGGCGGCAGCUCAUUCGACGAAGAUGAAUGAACGCCGGAAUUCGUACCGUAUCCCUCACCGCCCGGAACGACGAAGAUCGGGACUCGCCGCAAUGGCACCAAGACGGAGCGGCAUG